AGGAAGUUAACAAAGAGACACAGACAGAAAUAAGAAGUAGUGAGAGCACAAAACUCACAAUCCUAUUCACACCACGCACACACAAUCCCAACUCCGAUUUCAAGAUGAAGUUUUUCCUGCUGUUGGCGAUGUUAUCAGGAUGUGCUGCACAUCCUCGAGAUCUGUCCGGUAAAAUGUUCACCUUCCCACAACAAACCGCCACAGCUCGUGUGCAAAUGACCUCAACACGGGAUUUCAGUGCUGUAACCGUCUGUCACAGGUCCUUUACAGACAUCAAAAGAGACCACAUCCUUUUUUCUAUGGCCACAUCGACAAAUGCCAAUUCCCUACUGAUUUUCUGGGACGAAGCAAACAAAGAGAUGGAGCCCCAUAUCAAGGAUAAAAAGUCAGAAUAUGGAGGGCUGGACUACAAGCCCAACAUGUGGCACUCCAUCUGUACCACAUGGGACUCUACAACCGGACUGGUGCAGCUGUGGUUUGACAGUCUACCUUUGAUUAGGAAAUAUGUCACCUCUGGAUCAAGCAUCAGAGGAAACACUAUAAUUAUCUUAGGACAGGAGCAGGAUUCCCACGGUGGCGGGUUUGACCUGAAGCAGUGUUUCGUUGGCAUGAUGUCUGAUCUCCACAUGUGGGACUACGUCCUCUCCGGCUGCGAAAUCCAGAAGUACAUGGAUGAUCUAAACUUCAAUCCGGGGAACGUGCUCAACUGGGGUGCGCUGGAUUUCCAGAUUUUUGACAGAGUGCUGAUAGAAGAUAAACAAACGUCCUGCACCUAAACUUUAAAAACCAAGCCAUCCAUAUGAUGAGAUUCAAAAAUGAAAUUUUCUGUGCUUGAUGUCCGAUGUGAAGUAUGAGUUACCAAUGUCAGCACUUUAUGAUUACUGUUUAUUAAUCUGAACGCCAAGCCGUUCUUUUUACAUUUUACUCACUGUGUCCUUGUAUUUCACUGCAAUAUAUAUAUAUAUAUAUAUAUAUAUAUAUAUAUAUAUAUAUAUAUAUAUAUAUAAGUUCUGCAGCUCUAUGGAAUCAGCACAAUCAUGGCUAAAAGGGGGAACAAAUCAGAAAUGUCUUUUGCGCAGUAUAACACAUUUAUAAUGACUUAAAUCAUAAAAGAAAAAAAAACGCAAGUUGAAUGUCACUGCUAUUUUUUUUUUAAUGGAAUUAAAUUGAAUUUAUAUAUACAACACUUUCCCAAGUGCUCACGAUUUUCAUGAACAUUGUGAAAAAAAUUAGGUCUCCACAUGCUAUACAUAUUGAGGUAUUUAUAUUAUUAACACCUCUACUUGCAGCCUCUCCUCUCCUGUCCUCUCCUCUCUGCUCUGUGUAAACAGAAUUUAAUGUUUUUAACAGCAUCUAGUUAUUCCAAACUGUUUAUUUUUGUUUUAAAUGAGACAUUAUGCAUUAAAAUAAAGUGAUUUUGACACAAAUAUCACAAUUUUAAGCUUUGU